GACAUGUUUAGCAUUAGUGGCUCACAGAAGAAGAAGUAGUUUUUGGUGAUUUUUCUUGUAUAAAACAUGUACGACAGAGCUCCAAGGGCUCUAACACAGCCCUCUGUGGGCACAGGACACGGAGUGGGACCAGGAACGUACGAAUCUUUGGACACAAUUCAACGAAGAUACGAUGGAUAUGCACCUUUCCUUUCCAUGACGGGCAGAGAAACAUUUCUAGAUGUGAACGACAGUGUUAUUGCAGCUCCAGGACCAGGGGCAUACGAUCCAGGGCAAGCACAAUUUCGAAUUGUCGGAGGCCAUACUCUUUCUAAUACGUCUUCCAGAUUUAAAGACAAACCUAUCAAGACUCCUGGACCKGGUGCAUAUAAUUUACAGAAAAAGAAGGAUUGGAUAAAAGAAGUCACUCCUGCAAAACCAGAACAAAAUGAAGAGGCAAAUCACAAUAAUGUUUUCAAGACUAGCAGGAUUACUUUUAGGCGCAAGCCUGACCCACCUUCCAUCCCCUCUCCUGGAAAGGCUUAUGGGUAUGAAGAAGCACCAGAUGGGACACUCCGCCGUCAGGAUAUGCCAGCUAGAGAUAGUACCCUUGGACCAGCCUACUAUGAUGUCAGGAAUGAUGAUACGGUAACAACUCACAAGUACAAAGGAAUUCAUUUUAGUAACAGAACAUCAAAGAGAAUGCAGUUCAAAGGAAGUGGUGGUCCAGGACCAGGAGACUAUGAUCCAUAUGCAGAACCAGAAGAAGAAACACCAUUAGAUUUUAUUGUUAAAGAAAGUAGAAGACAACCUUUUGAAUCAAUGCUGCCAAGGUAUCAUGAUGUCAUUGCAAAGUCAGAAGAAAAAAAAGCUGUUCCAGGCCCUGGUAAAUAUGAGAUUAAGAGUCAGUUUACUAAGAGAGCACCUACAGCGGCCUCAACCGCACAGGAAAAUGCUGCCAUCACAGCACCAUUUGGAUCACAAGCCAAGAGAUUUGACAAGCAAAAACAUCAAUCACCAGCUCCUGGGACGUACAAUGAUCCUAGAAACUCACUUGAAGUUUUGAAAAGGACUACUGGUUUAAAGAGAAGUCCAUUUGGCCAAACAUCUGUAAGAUUUCAAGCAGGCAAACAYCAUUCACACAAAACUCCAGGACCAGGCACUUAUAACAUUCCUGACAUAACGUCAGAGUUGAACAGAAAAGUACAUCUGGAAAGUUCUAGGAAGGGGGCAUUUGGAUCUACAUCCAAUAGAAUAGCACAGAUGACCAAACGACAUGAGGACCAGUUACCAGGUCCUGCUCACUACAUGCCCAAAGAAAAGAACAAAAAGGAGGUCCAGAUUACAUCAACAUUUAAAUCCACAACAGAUAGACUUAAAACACCUACUGAUGUACCCAUUGAUGCCCCACCUCCAGGUUCGUAUGAAGUAUGUAGAUCACAUGACACUACUCAAGGAAAAGUUCUCUAUCCCUACGCACAAAGAGUCAAUAGAAAUGUCAAGAAGUCAGGAGCGUUUUUGUCUACAGCAUCACGGUUUACUGUUAACAGAAUACUUCCAGAUGAGGAACCUGAACCAGGCCCAGGCCAUUACGAGACGUCAAGAAAGAAUGCACCAGGCGGCUUGAUGGUAACACGUGACAAUCGAUUCAAAGCAAAAAAUAGCGAAGUACCAGGACCUGGGGCAUAUGAGUUAAGUCCCAUGCAAGCCCACACCCUUCUAAAAGGAACAUUCAACGCUACUCUCAACAACCCAAUAUCAAUGUCGUWCGAUGACUCUGAACCACGAACACCGUCAAAACAGGCCUUCCUGCUCGGCGUGUAAUCAUAAUAAUUGUAAAUAUAGAAUAGACAUGAAAUGCAUGGCUAAUUAAAUGAUCUGAUAGUUUGGUAGAUGA